AUGCGCUUGCGCUUCCACGUGUCCCUCGACGCGUCCAACGAGAUCAGCUUCAAGGCGCUCAAGGCCACGCUAGCCGAGGACGCGCCGCCGGUCGAGGAUGCGCCAUUCGACGCACCUGCGCUGCCGCACGAAGACGGGCCGCCAUCCACGCCACCGCUCGUGCCCGCGCGUCCGAGCCGUGGCAAGUUCAACAUCAUCGAGCACCUCGAGCAGCGCUAUGGCCGUGGCGGUCCGCUCGAUAUGAAGGACACGGUC